GCCCCCGCCGCCAUUUUCCAUGUUAUUCUCUGUUGCCACACAGGGUUUCACCAAAUUUGAAUGCAUUUAUUUCGAAUAUUUUGUUGAGUUUGGGUUAUUAAACACCCGGCUUCUCCAAUUUAGUGGAGGAGGGGAGCAUAUCUCCAAAUUCAGCCAAGGAGACAGCCUGCUUAGACAGCCAUGUACAUCAAACAGGUCAUCAUCCAGGGGUUCCGAAGUUACAGGGACCAAACGGUGGUAGACCCUUUCAGUCCAAAGCACAAUGUCAUUGUUGGAAGAAAUGGGUCAGGAAAAAGUAACUUUUUCUAUGCCAUCCAGUUUGUGCUCAGUGAUGAGUUCAGUCACCUGCGACCUGAACAGCGCCUGGCCCUGCUCCAUGAGGGAACUGGUCCUCGUGUCAUUUCAGCUUUUGUGGAGAUUAUAUUUGACAACUCUGACAACCGGCUGCCGAUCGACAAAGAGGAAGUCUCCCUUCGCCGUGUCAUUGGUGCAAAGAAGGACCAGUACUUCUUAGACAAGAAGAUGGUGACUAAGAAUGAUGUCAUGAACCUCCUGGAGAGUGCCGGCUUCUCUCGCAGUAACCCCUACUACAUUGUCAAGCAGGGAAAGAUCAACCAAAUGGCCACAGCACCGGACUCCCAGCGUCUGAAGCUGCUGAGAGAGGUGGCAGGGACACGUGUGUAUGAUGAGCGCAAGGAGGAGAGUAUUUCUCUCAUGAAAGAGACCGAGGGGAAGCGAGAGAAGAUCAACGAGCUGUUGAAGUACAUUGAGGAGCGUCUGCACACCCUGGAGGAUGAGAAGGAGGAACUGGCUCAGUACCAGAAGUGGGACAAGAUGAGAAGAGCCUUGGAGUACACCAUCUACAACCAGGAGCUGAAUGAAACCCGCGCCAAACUGGACGAGCUGUCGUCCAAGAGAGAGACUUGUGGGGACAAAUCCAGACAGCUGCGAGAUGCUCAGCAAGAUGCCCGAGACAAAGUAGAGGAGACAGAGCGUGUGGUGCGAGAGCUGAAGUCAAAGAUCUCAGCCAUGAAGGAGGAGAGGGAGCAACUAUCGGCGGAGCGCCAGGAGCAGAUCAAGCAGAGGACCAAGCUCGAGCUGAAGGCCAAGGACCUGCAGGACGAGCUGGCAGGCAACAGCGAACAGAGGAAACGCCUGCUGAAGGAGCGACAGAAACUGCUGGAGAAAAUCGAGGAAAAGCAAAAAGAGCUGCAGGAGACUGAACCCAAAUUCAACAUGGUGAAGGAAAAAGAGGAGCGGGGCAUAUCGAGACUGGCCCAGGCUACACAGGAGAGGACAGAUCUGUAUGCCAAGCAGGGCCGUGGCAGCCAGUUCACCUCCAAGGAGGAGAGGGACAAGUGGAUCAAGAAGGAGCUGAAGUCUUUGGACCAGGCCAUCAAUGAUAAAAAGAGGCAGAUUGCAGCCAUUCACAAAGACCUGGAGGACACAGAGACCAACAAGGAGAAGAACCUCGAGCAGUACAAUAAACUCGAUCAAGAUCUAAAUGAGGUCAAGAACCGUGUUGAAGAACUGGACAAAAAGUAUUAUGAAGUGAAGAACAAGAAAGAUGAGCUGCAGAGCGAAAGAAACUACCUGUGGCGUGAGGAGAACGCAGAGCAGCAGGCACUGGCAGCCAAACGAGAGGACCUGGAGAAGAAACAGCAGCUCCUUCGAGCCGCCACCGGCAAGGCUAUCCUGAAUGGCAUUGACAGCAUCAACAAAGUCCUUGAGCAUUUUCGUCGGAAGGGCAUCAACCAGCAUGUUAUCAAUGGUUACCACGGCAUCGUCAUGAAUAACUUUGAGUGUGAGCCUGCCUUUUACACUUGCGUUGAGGUGACUGCUGGUACCAGACUGUUCUACCACAUAGUGGAGACAGACGAAGUCAGCACCAAAAUACUAAUGGAGUUCAACAAAAUGAACCUGCCGGGAGAAGUCACAUUCCUGCCCCUAACCAAGCUGGACGUCAGGGACACUGCCUACCCAGAGACCAACGAUGCUAUCCCCAUGAUCAGCAAGCUGCGCUACAGCACCAACUUUGACAAGGCCUUCAAGCACGUGUUUGGAAAGACCCUGAUUUGCCGCAGCAUGGAAGUUUCCACCCAGCUGGCCAGAGCUUUCACCAUGGAUUGUAUAACUCUGGAGGGUGACCAGGUGAGCCACCGCGGAGCUCUGACAGGAGGCUACUACGAUACCAGAAAGUCUCGUCUGGAGCUGCAGAAAGACAUGAGAAAGGCUGAAGAGGAGCUGGGUGAGCUGGAAGCCAAGCUCAAUGAGAACCUGCGCAGGAACAUUGAACGCAUCAACAAUGAAAUCGACCAACUGAUGAACCAGAUGCAGCAGAUCGAGACACAACAGAGGAAAUUUAAGGCCUCCAGAGACAGCAUUCUGUCAGAGAUGAAGAUGCUGAAAGAGAAGAGGCAGCAGUCAGAGAAGACGUUCAUGCCCAAGCAACGCAGUCUCCAAAGUCUGGAGGCCAGCCUGCACGCCAUGGAGUCCACUAGGGAGUCACUGAAGGCCGAGCUGGGAACAGAUCUGCUCUCGCAGCUCAGCCUGGAGGACCAGAGGCGCGUCGAUGACCUCAACGAUGAGAUUCGUCAACUCCAGCAGGACAACAGGCAGUUGUUGAAUGAGAGAAUUAAGCUGGAGGGCAUCAUGACCAGAGUGGAAACAUAUCUCAAUGAGAACUUACGGAAGCGUCUCGACCAAGUGGAACAGGAGCUGAAUGAGCUGCGAGAGACUGAGGGAGGCACAGUACUGACAGCUACAACAUCUGAACUGGAUGGCAUCAACAAACGUGUCAAAGACACUUUGGCUCGAUCAGAAGAUCUGGAUUCUAUGAUUGACAAGACAGAGGGAGAAAUCAAGGACCACAUAAAGAGCAUGGAGCGCUGGAAGAACAUUGAGAAGGAGCAAAAUGAUGCCAUCAACCACGACACCAAGGAGCUGGAGAAGAUGACCAACAGGCAGGGCAUGCUGCUCAAGAAGAAGGAAGAGUGCAUGAAGAAGAUCAGAGAGCUGGGCUCGCUGCCUCAGGAGGCCUUUGAGAAGUACCAGACCCUCACACUCAAACAGUUGUUCCGAAAACUGGAGCAGUGCAACACAGAGCUGAAGAAAUACAGUCAUGUCAACAAGAAAGCUCUGGACCAGUUUGUCAACUUCUCUGAGCAGAAGGAAAAGCUGAUCAAGCGUCAGGACGAGUUGGACCGUGGCUACAAAUCUAUCAUGGAGCUCAUGAACGUCCUGGAGCUGCGCAAGUACGAGGCCAUCCAGCUCACCUUCAAACAGGUGUCAAAGAACUUCAGUGAAGUUUUCCAAAAGCUGGUGCCAGGUGGUAAAGCUACACUGGUGAUGAAGAAGGGUGAUGCUGAAGGCAGCCAGUCUCAGGAUGAGGGCGAGAGCGGCGCAGACAGUGAGAGGGGCUCCGGUUCACAGAGCAGCGUUCCUUCAGUUGAUCAGUUCACUGGAGUCGGCAUCAGGGUGUCGUUCACAGGGAAGCAAGGUGAGAUGAGAGAGAUGCAGCAGCUGUCUGGAGGUCAGAAGUCUCUGGUGGCUCUGGCCCUGAUAUUUGCCAUCCAGAAAUGCGACCCCGCUCCCUUCUACCUGUUUGAUGAGAUCGACCAGGCCCUCGAUGCCCAGCACAGGAAGGCCGUCUCAGACAUGAUCGUCGAGCUGGCAGGCCACGCCCAGUUCAUCACCACCACCUUCAGGCCUGAGCUGCUCGAGUCUGCUGACAAGUUCUACGGUGUCAAAUUCAGAAACAAGGUGAGUCACAUCGAUGUGAUCACAGCGGAGCAGGCCAAAGACUUUGUGGAGGAUGACACCACCCAUGGUUAACAGUCUUCGGCUCUCCAUCAUCAACUCCGCCUCCCUCUCCUCCUCCUCUAUAGUGCACUGCGUAGCUCGAAGCCUUCCACCGUCGGGCCCAAAGACAGAAAUAUCUCACUCUAUCUAUCCACCAGCCUGUUUUUAGCCCCUCUGUUGAAGAUAAACAAUGCAGCACAUCUAUGCUUCACAGACCAUUUCUGAAAUUGUUAAUUGUUGCUUUGACAACGCUCAGCUCAGAACUACUGGUAUUUACUGUUCACUUUUGACAUCAUUUCAGGCUGGUAAAACUACAAAUUAGAGAAUCCAAAAGUGGUUGUGUUGAAACUCUGCCAGCAGGGGACAUUAAAUGUCAAAUUUUCCUUCUCUGCCCGACAGAUGACAGAAGUGUUCUUUUUAUAUUUUGUCUGAAGAGGUCCUGAAGAGAGCACUUGUUACCUUUUUUGUGUUACUGUGUUGAGUUUUAUAACAAUCAGUUUGAGGGGAGUUUUGGCAAUUUGUCAUUUUAAAGUGCCAGAGAGGCUCUUGAAGGUAACAAGCUUUCAGAACCUUUUCAGACAGCAGAUCCUCUUGUGUACAGUUGAGACAGUUUUGAUAUGACUUAGAUGAAAAUUGUUGAAAUUAUACUUAAAAGCUCAGUGGAGAUAGGAGGCUCUUAAGCUGAUCCAGAGUUUUGUUUCUGUUGCCCCCUUGAAAAAAAGAGUUUUUUUUGUUCACUCUUGUUUCUGUAAUGUGUAUACUCUUUGUACUCAUGAAACAAUGCUAACUUGUAUCUGUCAUAACCAGCCUCGUGGCUUAAAAUGUUCAAAGGUUGUGGUUCCUUUUUAUGGUUGUUUCUGUAUGGCGUAAUUUCCUGUUUUUAGGUCAUUUAAAUAUAUAUGAAGGGUUUAAUUCCAAAGCAUCAGAUAUCCAGAUACAGAAAUCAACCCCACUCCAUGAGUUUGAUCAGUCAAUAAUUUCAAAAAGAAGUGAUUCAGCAGUGAAUAAACUAAAUCUAUUUGGGUCCUGAGGUGACUCAUAAUUUUAAUAAGAAGACAAAUUUAGCUUUUUCUAGAAUGAAACGUUUGUUUUGAAUUCCUCACUGGAAAUGUUGUUUGGGAUUAAACUCCUCAUAUGUUGUACCUAGUUUCAAAUCUGCUUUUUAAAUGUUUUGGUUCCUUUUUAUGUAACUAGAAAACUUACAAAAAUAAUAAAAGGUUUAAAAAUAAGCUGUA